GCGCAACUGGGAUUACUGGCAGCACUUCGAAACGAACGACCUGGCAAAAGAUAUAUAAACUGAUGACAUUCAGGGUGUAAAAUCCAAAAUUCAGUAACACAGCAUGUCUGAAGCACUUUUCAAGUCCUUUGCUAUUGUCGGCGCAGGCCCUCACAUCGGGAUUCCUAUCGUGAAGGCAUUCCUGGCCAUUGGCGCUCCAAUUCUCGUCGUCGCCCGACCGACCUCCACAAACACCUCCGCACUCCCUGAGGAUGAUCCCAACCUGAAGGUUGUGCGCGCAGACUAUACAUCUGCAUCUGAGGUCUCGGCAAUCCUUCGUGAAAAUAAAGUGGACGUCCUUAUUUCUACCGUUUCAUUUAUUUCCGGAGGUGUAGAUGUCCAGGACGUUCUCGCGGACGCUGCAAAGGAGGCAGGUGUGAAGCUCUUUGUACCCAGCGAGUUCGGCAUAUCACCGCCAGCAGUCGGUCUGACUCAUGAAAAGCAUGCAUUUGCAGUCUACGCAAAAUCGAUUGGAUUGCCCACUCUUCGCGUCUAUAAUGGAUUGUUUCAUGACUUCGUGCCCUGGCUCACUGCACUCACUGAUACUGGUAUGCUUUAUAUCGUGGGCAAAGGAGAUAUGCCAGGAUCCUUCACUGCGAUAUCCGACGUUGCAGGAUACGUAGCUCAUAUUCUUACUACUCAACCACCAUCUCGUCUACUUGAUGUCGAAGUUCGCAUCGAAGGACAACGCGCAACGCUCUCGGAGAUUAGUGCCUUAUAUAAAGGCAGUGUACCUGUGGUACACUGUGAUGCCCUUCCUACGGAGGGUGUGCCCGCCGCGGACUUCCGUACGAAAUUCCAGCAGGGCUUUGACGUCGGAAGAGCAAGUAGCGGGUGGAACCCCGAUACGGAGAUGGAUGACGCGGAGUCGGCGAGCAAGGAUAAUUCACUGUGGGAGGGGCACCGCUGGUUGACUAUUGGGGAAGUUCUUGGGUUGUAAUGAUAUGGACGUGCACGAGACCUUGUAGGGACUAGGUACUCUUCAAGAUUUAUAGGAGGAGCUUUUUAAAUCGUGAUGUAGGACUGUUAGUAGGAGCUUUCUGGUGUGCGAUAAUGCCAGAUGUAUUUAGUUCAUGCAGAGAUGAAGGCAAUAUUUGGUUGGACUGCUUAUCGGCCACAAUGAUCCUAUCACUUGAUGUCGUG